AUGGGUAACAAUUUUAAUUUUUUUAGCAAUUCGAACCACGAUACUGCUGAAGACAGUUCACAUGAAGCUCCAUGCAAAAAAAUAAAAUUACUCCAAUGUGAACUAAAUACUGAAGAUGGAUCUAGUCAUCCUGAUUUAUCUGAUUCUUUUGAAGACAAAGGCAAUGCACGUAAUGACUCAGAAAAACAUUGUAGUAUCGAUUUUAUUAACACAAAAAUACCGUGCACAAAGAAACAGCUAGAAAUGGUUACUCUUUAUGAACCUAUUUCUGACAAGCCUGAUAAUACCGAGGGUAUAAAUUGCAAAACUGAUUCAGAAAAUGUUAAAAAUCAAUUAGAAAAUGAUUCUAUCACUGGAGUUGAUAAUAUUGAACCUUCUGGAGAAGGUAAAACUUAUGUAAACUCAAUUAAUGAUUCAACUCCAACAGUUCCAGAAAUGAAUAACCUUAAAAAAGAAAACAAUGAACAUCUUGAUCAGGAAAAUAAAAAUGAGCCAUACUUCAAAGAACACGUAAUAACCAGACGCAUUCAUGAUUUUGAUUGGAUAAUGCAUGAAUUACAUGAAGCAUUUGAUAAUAAUCAUACUGGAUCUUGUAAGGGUCUUUUUCGUGAUCUAAUACUGUUACGUUCCACUGAUCAAGGAUUAUUGACUCAAAUGUAUUGGCAAUGCAAAAAUUGUUUUAAGCAUGCAAGUAUUUGGUCUGAGUCAAAGAAAUCGACAAAUUCAAUGUCAUUAAAUGAAAGUGCUGUUUUAGGAUCAUUGAUAAGUGGUAUAGGCUAUACAAACUUGAAAGAACAGCUAGCAACUAUGAAUAUACAUUUCAUGACAGAUAAGACUUACCGGAAGCACAUUGUUAAUGCAUCAGAAAUAAAGAUUCCAGCAUCAACAGUGAUGAAUGUUAUGACAUUGCGAAAGUAUGUUAAAGAAAGCGCGGUAAAAAUGCGUAAAUAUGUAGAAAAUAAUGUUGAAAAGAUUAAGAAAAGUAAUUGCGACCGAGAUGAACAAAUAAACAAACUGAGCGAUAUUUUAACGAAUAUGCCGAAACAUUUUUUUGGUGACCAUAGCCAGUGUUCAAAUAAAACCGAUAAUGACUGUGAAGGCAUAAAAGAAAACAUUAUCGCAAGUUUAAAACUUGUUGGAAUUUUUCCAAUUAUUAUUCAAAUUGUUUCAAGGUUAUCCAAGCAUGCGGAUAGCCUGUUAGAUAAUCUCACAACGAACAAAGUUGAAGGGCUUAAUUCUAUAGCUAAUAAAACUUUGGGAGGAAGACGAAUUAAUUACAGCCAAUGCGACUCGUUUAAUUCCAGAGUAGCUAUUGCUGUUAUUCAAUCAGAUACUCAGGAAGUUGGAACAAAAAUUCAUCAACACAUGGGCUUGAAAGUUCCUUCCGAAUUAACAAAGUUGGAAAAAAGUAAGAAGGCUCAGGCACUGCGAACUGAAAAAUCCAGGAAACUAAAGGGCAGGUCUCAUCGACGAUUUUACGGCGCUGACAAAUCAUACGGAAAAGUAAAAGACGAUGACAUGCCUUUAAACGAAUACAACCGAAAAGAAGAAAGUGGCAUCAAUAUCGGCGAGAUAUCAUAA